AUGGCUGAGAUGGUGCCUCAGGCGGCAGGAGCGAUCAGGCCGCUCGUCUCCACGGUGAUCGCUGCCUCUUCAGAUGGAUUCCUGGACCACAGUCUGGAGCGAGUGAAAUACAGAGCCAGCGAGAUGCCACAAGGUUUCACUUACAAGGUCAUCAGCCAGGCAUACCAACGGUGCACGGAUCAUGAUCUGGACUUUGGAACAGAGUGUCUCCACCUGGCUCUGCAGUACUGUGGCACAAACGCCAAGCUGAUUGAAGGCCCGCCCAAUCUCUGGAAGGUCACCUAUAGGAGAGACUUGGCGGCUGCAGAGAGCAUUAUAAAAGACUCUCUAUCUCGAUCGUUGUGCGCCGUCACCGGUAGUUGCUCUCUUGCUGUGGCUCUGGCCCGGUCCCUCCAGAACGCCCUGGAGAUGUACAUGGGUGUGGAUAUCGUCCCUGACCUUCUGGGAGACCACUGUAGCCACCUGCAAAAGACCUGUAACUUCAUACUCAUCUCUGUGAGUCACUGUUCUUUGUCUGACGUGAAGUCCUUCCUGUUGGCGUUGGAAGAGGCAUGUUCCGCUCUCCUCUACCCCCUGGUGAUCUUUUGGGUUUGGUCGAGUGGUGUGCAUGUGACGCAGCCUGGAGCCUUCAGGGAUCUGGCCUGUCUCUACAAACACAAAAAUAUCCUUCUUUACGGCAUCCAGCUGCAGCACAAUAAGGAUCCAGAGAUUUGGGGGAGGUCUGUUUUGCAGCUUGCUGACAUCAUUUCAGCUCUGAUUCGAGACAGGACCUCUGCCCUGGUGGGACAGAUCUUCCAGGCCUGA